AGGAAUAUUUUGCAACCAUGGCUUCGCGCCGACUCUUCCUCUCAAUCAUCGGACUGAUAUCCCUGUCCCGGGUGCAUUGUUUGGACACUGAGCCCGAGGGUGAUGGUUUUCACGAGACUGAAGUUCAGGGACGGCAUAUCCCCAAACAACACCAUCAUUCGGUCCACUACAGGCCGACACCCGCACCACCCUAUAUCCCCGUGGAUCCUUUCCAAUACACGCCAACACCCAGCCCCCCAAGAUACCCGUACGAGCCAGCUGAAACCCCCAGAGUCAAGGUCGAGGAAGUCCAGCCUAUUGCCCGACCAGUAGAGCGGAAACGUCAGUAUUACGCGCAAGAAUGCGGUUGCGUGCCCUUCAAGUAUGUUCCAUGAGCACCGAGCGUGCGAGAAGCAUAUUUGCGCUCUCAACGAACCCAGGAAUAAAAACCAGCCCCAUUGGAAUCUAUGGCG